AUGAUCCAUGUAACACAGUCUGCUCCACCAGUAGAUGUAACACAGUCUGCUCCACCAGUAGAUGUAACACAGUCUGCUCCACCAGUAGAUGUAACACAGUCUCCUCCACCAGUAGAUGUAACACAGUCUGCUCCACCAGUAGAUGUAACACAGUCUCCUCCACCAGUAGAUGUAACACAGUCUCCUCCACCAGUAGAUGUAACACAGUCUGCUCCACCAGUAGAUGUAACACAGUCUGCUCCACCAGUAGAUAUAACACAGUCUGCUCCACCAGUAGAUGCAACACAGUCUGCUCCACCAGUAGAUGCAACACAGUCUGCUCCACCAGUAGAUGUAACACAAUCUGCUCCACCAGUAGAUGUAACACAGUCUGCUCCACCAGUAGAUAUAACACAGUCUGCUCCACCAGUAGAUGCAACACAGUCUGCUCCACCAGUAGAUGUAACACAAUCUGCUCCACCAGUAGAUGUAACACAGUCUGCUCCACCAGUAGAUGUAACACAGUCUGCUCCACCAGUAGAUAUAACACAGUCUGCUCCACCAGUAGAUGUAACACAGUCUGCUCCACCAGUAGAUGUAACACAGUCUGCUCCACCAGUAGAUGUAACACAGUCUGCUCCACCAGUAGAUGCAACACAGUCUGCUCCACCAGUAGAUGCAACACAGUCUGCUCCACCAGUAGAUGUAACACAAUCUGCUCCACCAGUAGAUGUAACACAGUCUGCUCCACCAGUAGAUGUAACACAGUCUGCUCCACCAGUAGAUAUAACACAGUCUGCUCCACCAGUAGAUGCAACACAGUCUGCUCCACCAGUAGAUAUAACACAGUCUGCUCCACCAGUAGAUGUAACACAGUCUGCUCCACCAGUAGAUGUAACACAGUCUGCUCCACCAGUAGAUGUAACACAGUCUGCUCCACCAGUAGUUAUAACACAGUCUCCUCCACCAGUAGAUGUAACACAGUCUGCUCCACCAGUAGAUGUAACACAAUCUGCUCCACCAGUAGAUGUAACACAGUCUGCUCCACCAGUAGAUGUAACACAGUCUGCUCCACCAGUAGAUGUAACACAGUCUGCUCCACCAGUAGAUAUAACACAGUCUGCUUCACCAGUAGAUAUAACACAGUCUGCUCCACCAGUAGAUGUAACACAGUCUGCUCCACCAGUAGAUGUAACACAAUCUGCUCCACCAGUAGAUGUAACACAAUCUGCUCCACCAGUAGAUGUAACACAGUCUGCUCCACCAGUAGAUAUAACACAGUCUGCUCCACCAGUAGAUGUAACACAGUCUGCUUCACCAGUACAUACACCUCAUGCUGUACUAAAGUCCUCUCAUGAUGUAUACAAGGUGUAA